UGCUGUGAGCCCAAGCCAACUAGCAAAGCAAGCAAUAAUGCGGUGGUUCGCCAACGUGCGGGAGGUCGGCGGCGGCGACGCCACGGUGGUGCUCGCCCACGGCUACGGGUCCAACCAGGCGCUCUGGGACAAGCUCGUCCCCGCGCUCUCCCGGCGCAACAGGGUCAUCCUCUUCGACUGGGACUUCACCGGCGGCGGCGGCGGCGGCGGCGGCGGCGCUGAGCAUCAGGAGGCAGAGGAGGGGCGGUACACGUUCGGGAGGUUCGCCGACGACCUGAUCGCGCUCCUGGACGACAAGGGGGUGCGGGGCGCCGUGCUGGUGGGCCACUCCAUGUCCGCCAUGGCCGCCUGCAUCGCGUCCGUCCGUAGGCCCGACCUCGUCACCCACCUCGUCCUCCUCUGCGCGUCCCCCAGGUACAUCAACUCGCCGGAGGAAGGCUACGUGGGCGGCUUCGAGAGGGCGAGCAUCGACGGCAUGCUGGACUCCAUGUCGUCGGACUUCGGCGGGUGGGUGAAGGGCUUCGUCCCCAACGCCGUGGGCGACGCGGCCUCGGUCCCGCCCGUGGAGGCGAGCUUCCUGGCCAUGCACCCGGGCGUGGCGCUGGAGGUCGCCAGGAUGAUCUUCCUCGGCGACCAGCGGGGGGUCCUCGGCGCCGUGACCGCGCCGUGCACGAUCGUCCAGGUGGCGGGGGACUUCGCGGCGCCGCCGAUCGUGGCGGAGUACAUGAGGCGCCGGAUGACGGGCGCCGCGGCGGCGGACGUGGUGGUCAUCGACUCGGUGGGCCACUUCCCGCAGCUCGUCGCGCCCCAGCAGGUGCUCGACGUACUCGAGGGCGUGAUGCUGCGCCAUGGCGGCGGCGGCGGCGAGGGUGAGCGCGGUGCCGUGGAGGAGCAGGAGGCCGACGGUGGCAUCGAUAUCGCGGCGUAGCAGGUGGAAAGGAAGGCGACCGGUGACGCCGCCGGGGACUCGCUCGCUUUGAUACGAUGGUUUCCUGAUGAAUUGAAUGAACGCAUGGAUCUUUGUACUCGCCGUGUGUUGCGUUGCACGCUUUUGAAAAAAAGGUGGUCAGAGACCUAUAUUUUGAUGGCCAUGUAAAUUUGUGAAGUUCAAUGUCCCUGCUGCACCUUCA